AUGGCCUCCCCUAGUGUUCUCACCUUUGACGCUGAGGGUCGGGCAGUUGACUUUGAGGUCUGGGUAGAUGAUCUGCAACUUUUCCUACAGUGCGAUCGGGCAGACGGGCUCUCCUUGUUUGACCUCACUUUUGGUGCCUCUCCUGCCCCUGCUGCUGAUGCUGACGCCACUGUUCGCUCACAGUGGGCCACGCGUGAUGCCGCUGCUCGCCUUGCUGUGCGCCGCCACUUACCGACCACUGAGCGUGCACACUUUAGCCAGUACAAGAGUGCUCAGACCUUGGGUGUUCUCCCUCCCCCCGAUUGCCCUCUAUUGCCUCUGCUGCUGCGGCCGACCUCGUUGGUUUCGAGUCGGUCGGCGCUGCGUCUGCCCCGAGCGGGAGACGCCGCACCGGCAAGGGCAAGGGGGGCAAGGGCACUGGAGGGGCUGGCGGGGGCGGUGGAGGUGGUGGUGGAGGCAGUGGAGGGAGUGGGGGUGGUGGUGGGAGUGGUGCCGGGGGUGGUGGCGGCGGCGGCAGCAGUGGAGGCGGCGGAGGCGGCGGUGGUGGCGGAGGGAGCGGAGGCGGCGGAGGUGACGGAGGAGGCGGAGGUGGAGGAGGCUGCGGAGGCGGCGGCGGCGGCGGAGGCGAUGGUGGAGCGGGUCGCGACUCUGCGCAGAGGAGUGGCUCAGGUGGUGGUCCGCGCCAGCAGCAGUGGAGUGGUGUGA